AUGGCCAUUGAUAAGGAGGAAACAAUCGAAAUCGACUCAACGCAGCCAACAGUCGAAGAGUUGAAGCCACCAACGUCGAAGAGCAUAGAAAGACUGGCCAACUUGCAAGGACAACCACAAUCAGAUGCACAGAUAGCCGUGGCGCUGCGAGGUUUGGCCAUUAUGAAGAGGAACCAAAUUCUCGAACAAAUCGUGAAACCCAAAGAGGCUAAAAUCUUGGCACACUUCUUCGAAGCAGAAAUUCCGAAGCCAAAUCAAACGGUGACGUCUGUUCAGCAGCAGAUAGUGAUGCUUAUUGAUAAAGCGUUUGGUUACGGUAUCGAAGUGCUUCUGAUGCGACCAGACCUUUUCGAAGAUGUCGUUGAUAACGAACUGAGAUUAUUCUUGCUGGACACCUCUAAGGCGAAGCGAAUCCUUCUUGACUGCAUGCUCCUCCAUCCUGAGUUUGUGCCUAUAGCCUGGGGAGGAAAUAUUCUGACAAAACGGCAGCAGGAUCGCCAGCUUCAGAAGCAGAUGGAGGCGAAAAAAGCAGCUGAAGCCAAGAGUCGCGUAGAACAUGAGAGGCUUCGUGACGCGUCAGUGCCGUCCCCUUCUAAAUCGUUCUUCGAUUUCCUCUACAACACUUUUGGAGAAAGUAAGGAGUCACCCAAAGCGGCUGCACCUACCAAGCCUGCGCCAAAUGUCACGGAAAAGUCAGCUGUCAAGAAGUCCAGCGAGAGCACACUCAAGUCGGAGAGAUCUAGUAUUGUAGAAAAGCCAGUGAAGAGCCGCGAACCUGUAGCCGAGAAAUCGGUCAGAUCAGAAACAGAGGAAUCGGCACGGCCUGCGUGGAUAAACGACCGAGGCGAACGUGUCAGGCGUAAAUCGCACAAAGGAAAAGCGCCUGAGAAGCGAAUCGGCGAACGACGGCGUCACACCUGA